AGAGAGAGAGAGAGAGAGAGAGAGGGGAAAAGCGAAAGAGAGAGAGAGAGAGACAGAGGAAAAAAGCGAAAGAGAGAGAGAGAGAGGAAAAGAGAGAAAGCGAAAGUGAGAGAGAGUGAAAGAGAGCGAAAGACGGAGAGAGAGAGAGCACGAAUGAGAGGGAAAGAACUAAAGAGAGAGAAAGAGCGAAAGUGAGAGAGAGAGAGAGAGAGGAAAAGAGAGUAAGAGCGAAAGUGAGAGAGAGUGAAAGAGAGCGAAAGACGGAGAGAGAGAGCAUGAAUGAGAGGGAAAGAGCUAAAGAGAGAGAAAGCGAAAGUGAGAGAGAGAGAGCGAGAGCACAGCGACCGACCACCAUGGACCACGCAGCAGAAAACCGUCAAAAAUGGAAUGAUUUGGCCGAAGCACUGUUGAAAAUCAAAAGAAAGCCAACGGGAACUGACGACAGAUCAAUCAGCGACAUCUUGGAGGAGUUACAGGCCAGGAGCCCCAAAUUACGAGUGAUACAUGACCAGAGGCUGAUUCACAGUUUGAUAUCCCACUUGGUAUCUGGUUUGGUGGAUCCGAGUAAUCCUGAAUCCUCACAAGUAGCUCGAUUGGUCACAUCCAUACUCACCCACCAAGGGAAUGUCAGCCUUUCAUCUGAAACCUCAGACAGGGUUAUAGUAUGGCUCAGUGAUACUCUUAGAUUUAAUUUGCAUAAGCCUGAAAAUGAGAUACCGAUUCAGGAGAUUUUGUGUGCCAUGUCUGUGGUGUUGCGUGAUGCACCAGACCAUACAGAUGAGAUAUAUAUCAGUUUAGGUGGUACAAGAGGAUCAUUGAUACAAACUUUGGAAGCAGGUUCACCAUGGAGUUUCCAAGCCUCAGCAAUGCAAUGCCUCCAUCAUCUAACUUACGUUACCCCAGAAAUUGUCACUGAAGCCCGGCAGCACUGUGAUGAAAUUUUCCCAGCAGAAGUUGUGUCAAGCAUUCAAAGAAUUGUCAUCCAUGUUUUAAAACAACAACAGCCAAACUCAGAUUCAUGCACACAUAGAUUAUAUAUGCACCUUAUAGCUUCAGCUUUGAGUGUCUUAUACAAUCUUGUUGUGUGUGCCCCAAAUGAUGUGCUUGGGAACAUCAUAGUAAGUGCCUGUAGGCCUUUUGUGUUUUAUGGAUUGCCAGGAUUCACCCAUGAUGAGUUGGUUCAGCAUACUUCAGGGCCAGAAGUGGAUAUUCCACAGUCCUCAGGUGUGGAAAGUGAUGCUUCAUCAAGGAGUUACACCAAUCGCAAUCGGCGCAAGAGAUUGCGUCGAAAAAGAGCACAGCCUUCUCGAUCCCCAUCUGAUUCAGCAAGUAGUCUCUACACACCUACUACAGCCAUAGAGGGAGUAGGACUAGGUUUCAAGAGCCCUCCCCCAGCAGCAGCCUUGGAUAGUGUAUCUCUAAAGCCUCAGUGGGCUAAAGAAAGCAGACAGUUGCCUGCAGAGGAGGAGGAAAAGGACACUGUCACACCGGGAGCCAUGAAAAACACCCUGCCUGCAUUGUCAGUAAAGACCCCAGCAGAGGUUCGCAAUAGUGGAUCAGAAACAGACUUCUCUGAUUAUGAGGGAGGAGGAGAAAAGGAGUCCACUCUCACAGCACGUGUUCGGCAGUGUUCACUUCAAGCCAUAAACUCAGUUAUUGAUAAAAUUGGAAAACAACACAAGUUCAGCUAUUGGCCACCCCUAAUGUGCCAGAAUCCAUCACUGAUGACAAGUGUUUUGAAGGAUCCCUCGCCAUCAGUGAGAAUGGCUUCGCUACAAGUCAUAAAUACUUUCCUUCUUGAUUCUUCACAAGUCCUUACACUUGCUGUGGAUGAUGAAGGUAGAGGUUCUUAUGCCACUCUAGGUCACCAACUAGGAACAAGCAUCAGGGAGCUGCAUCGCUGUCUAUCAUUAGCCCUUCUAUCUGAAAAGUUUCCUGGUGCUCUUGUGAGAACUUUAAAAACCAUUGAACUGCUAGUUGAAAAUGUUAACUACUCAAAGCUGAAACCAGGAAUGUUGACAAAAGUUGUUACUCACGUCAAAUACUUCAUGAGAUAUAAAGAGGCUGUAGUUCGAGCCAAUGCUUUUUCAGUGAUGGUGAGUGUGCUCAUGAUCAAACCACAAGUGCCUGAACUUCAAGACAUCCUUUUGCGCUUCAAGACUCCUGCUCCAGCAACAUUAGUCUCCCCUCCUGAAGUCACACCCCCUUCACUCUUGGAAGAGGAACUUCCAGGGGAGGAGGAGGAGCUGGUUGAUGAUGAGAAUGAGGAGGCAGAGUCUAAAUUGGAGAAAAAAAUGGCAAUGAUGAAUUGGCUAAGUGAAGAGGAAGGAGAAAAAGCAAGUGAAGACAAAGAUCAGGGGAAGUCCAUGGUGUCUUGGCUCAUUCAACGAUGCAUGGACUCUCUCCUCACACCUGAUCAUGAGGCAGUGAGGGGCAUAUACAUACAAGUUCAACUGCAGUCACUAAAGGUGUUAAGUGCUCUAGUAAGUGAACACUUGAACAUCAUCCAUCAAAGUCUGCCAUUGAUUCAGCAUGUCAUAUCUGUGUGUAGCAAAGCCUUGAGAGAACCUGCUGAAGCUAAACCUGAGAGAUGGAUUGUUGAAUAUUCAAAUAAGCUUGAAGUUAAUGAUGUCAUAGAUCCAACAUUAAUGUCACCAGAUCCAGGUGUUGUGGUGGAACAUGCUUACACACUGCUUGGAUCCUUGUUAGGUGCUGUAAAAAUAGAGCUUGAGAAAGGAACUAGCUCAUGUGUGUCAGUAGACCAAGUGCAGCAGCUGUGGCUCUGGACAUUACAGGGUCCUCUACAUGGUCUACUGCAAAUGGCUUCAUCAUUGGCAGUAGAUCAUAACAACUUUUCAGAUCCAAUCAGCAUCAUAAAGCAGGAUUCAGGCCCAGACAUGUUGAAGCAAGAGACUCAGAACUGGAGAAACAAAGAGGAAAUAGAAGUAUUAGAGAACCAAGAUCACCAUAAACAGUUGGUGGCCACUGCUACUGUCCUCUCACACUUCAGUCCCACAAUAUUUGAGAGCCUUGGUGAGAAGUGGAUUACACAAGUUGUGACCACAGUAAAGUGGCUUGUGACCAACCCAGACCCAGAUCUGCGCUUGGCAGGUGUCCGCAUAAUGGCCAUCAUUGUGGGCUUCCCUGGUGUGGUUGGAAAUCCCCUUGGUGUGGGCCUCCUACGUGCAACUGUUGUGACAACCUCAGACAUCCUUGCACAAAAGGAAAGCAAUGUCAACAGGGAUCGUCUUCUGGCCUCAUGGGCUUUAGCUAAUGUGUCCUCUGUCCUGGAGCUGUACAGUGAGAGUUGGCAGCGUAUUGAGCAUAAUGCCAGCUCAGACCUCUUGCCCCCCUCCCUCCUUGCUCGCCUUCUCGAAGUGGGAGUACGUGCCUGCAAGGACAAGGACAAGAUUAAACCACAUGGAGUGCGUUGUGUAGGAAAUGUGACCAGCUUUCUCCAUGCUAACCAGGCAUCAGACCCAGCAAUUGCACCAUUAGUUACCAAGGCAAUAGAAACAUUAAUUGUUUGCUCCAGCACAGGAAACAAUAUGAAGACAAGAUGGAAUGCAUGUCAUGCACUGGGUAACAUUCUCACCAGUGGGAGGUUAUCCAUCACAGAUGUGCCUUGGAGAAGUCAGGUCCUCACAACUUUGGGAAAUCUUGUUGAGAAUUUCAAGAAUUACAAAGUGAGGAUUCAAGCCUGCAGUGCACUAUGUGGCCUUAAUUCCCGAGAAGAGUUUGGACAAGAAUAUCAUGGUAUUUGGCGGGUCCUUCUGCAUGGCCUUGAUAAUGCACAAAAUAUUAUUGACUACCAAGAAAUAAGGCAUAGAGAUGAGCUCAUCAAUCAGAUCUGCCAAGGCAUUUGUCAGCUGGCUGCUCACUUGACCUUGGAAGAUGCAGGGGCUCUGUGUGAGCUCUUACAGGUACACCAGGACAUGGCAACACCCCUUCUGAAGAAAGCUCAUUCCUCACUCCCCCCUGAGCGUACAGGUUAUGCCCUGAAAGCUCACUCAAGAGUAGAAGAGCUUUUACUUUAUGAUGCAUUAACUGAGCCUCAAGAACAAGCACUUGUAAUUUUGCAGAGCUUGACAGCAAGUGAUUUCAAUGCUGAAAUUUGUUGAGGUUGACAAUAGAUACAAUUGCUGAUUUAGUGUGUAAAUUUUAACCUAACCAAUGGAAGACAUUCCCAUGUAAAUUUAAAUAAUUUUUGUUGUAUCUUCAUAUUGAACAAUUGUAUUUGUAUUUGUGUGUAUGUUUUUUUUUUUUAGCAGAUGAUGCUGGGCUAUGUGUAAGCCUGGAUCAUCAGGAUUCUGGAAUGCAUUUUUUGUUGCCUCCACAGACUGCUCUUACUUCUGGCCAGUCAAUGUCCUUCUACUUUUAUUUAUUCAUUAACUUGUUUCUUAGGUGCUACAGUUGUUUUAUAUGAUUUUGUGUCUUACUUUGUAUAGCUCUUUAUAUUAUUUAGUAGAUUUAUAUUUUUCCUUGUAUACUCAUUUACUGUCUUUUUCUUUUGUGGACUUUGUUUUGCACACUGAUGACUCCACAAGUGCUCUACCACUGAGGAGCCAACUAGUAAGCAUGUGUUCCUUGAUAUGGUGGACAACAUUGAGUUGGUACAAUGUUGUGUGUAUAUAUAUGCUGCAUAAAUACAGAUGAAGAAAUACAAAAAUUAGUAGAAAUAAAUGAAAUUUUCAAUAAAGGCAGGAACAAAGCUUGAAGAUUUGAUAAAUUACUCUAGCAGCAGUUAGAGUUCCACAAAGUCAGAAUGUGCCAAUCACUGAAUAGUUGUUACCUCAUCUCCCUGGCAUAAACAACUUCUGUCCUCAUCAGAGGACAGAUCAAAGAAACAAAUGUGUGUCAAACAGUCAGUAGUGAUCGGGUAGUGUUUGGUGGAUUGGUAAUGGUCUAAGGUGAUGGUUGAGGGUCCAGAUUUUCUUUAGCAGUGGAAGGAACACAAGCAACAGACAGGCAUUGAAAGGCCAUAGAAGCUUUGGUGAGGCUUGGGGCUGAACUAAUUCAGAGCUGCUGUGUACCCCCUUUCCCACCAAUUCAAUGAAGAGUAAAUAUAAUAUAAACUUCAGGCAGGUUUUUGUUACAUAAAACUUUCUUUAAAGAUACAUUUUUUCAGCAUUUUAAUCAAUUAUAAAUAUCAAUAUCAUUAUCAUUGUAAUCCAAAAUUCUACCCCGCACGUAACAACACGUUUAAAUGCAGAUUAUUUCUAAAGAGCAUGUGCAUAUGUGCACGCUAGCAUCUGAACCAAAACUUUGUGUGCAUGCAUGUAUGCAUUCUUAAAAGUAUACAAAGAGAGUUUUAUAUAUCUGUUUUUGGUGCCCAAUUAUGACUUGUAGCCACAACACAACAGUGUAUGUGAAAUUCAUAGAUAACACUGCACCUAUCUCUUUUAGGUAUUGUAGGCCUUUGUUCUGCACAAAGUUUAACACCACCAGUGACAGGUACCAAUGCAUCACUACACAUGCUGUCAUUCACUCAUAUUUAGAGACACUUUGUACACCUUAAACAGAGAGCUGGACUGGCAUCUCACACCUAUCAGCCAGUCGCUGUCUGGCUAUCUUGGCAGUGAAUGGCUGACGAACCCGAGAUGCCAGUCCAGCUUUCUAUUUAAGGUGUCCCAAAUGUCUCUGAAUAUGACUGAUGAUCUUGGAGGCAUUAGGCAGUCAAUAGUGCCAUAGGAGAAUAAAAAUAUACCAUAUUGCCAGAGAUUUAUAUUUUAUAAAUCACAUAUGUCAUUGUACAUUUUAUAUAAGAAUUGUUAAAUUCAAGGCUGGUCCUUGAGGUAAAAGUAUAAUAAUAAAUUAAUGAUUACUGUAAAUAUAUUUUUCCACUGAUACAUGUCCAUUUUUUGCUUAACUCCAUGCAACCAGGAUCAUGUAGUGUUCACUGUUCAUAGUUUUGUGAAAUGUCUCUACACAUUGAUGGCUCUACAAGUGCUUAGCUGCAAAAGAGUCAAUAAGUAGACCUUAUGACCUGUUUUGUUUUGUUUUAUUUUGUUUGUUUUUUACUCAUGCUAUCAAUAUCAAUGCUGUUGUUAUUAUUAUUAUUAUUAUUAUUAUUGUUAUAGGCAUUAUAAUUAUUUUAAUGCUAUUAAUAAAGGAAAAGGGGAGAUAGUACUAUUAUUAUUGAUGGCUUAGUACUUCUGGAGCCAUUUAUGUGUGAAAACAGUCACUAAAAUAUACUGACAAUGUACAGAUAUGCCAUCUCA